ACCACUGGGGCCAUGGCUGCCAACAGUGGUGUGAGCAGAGUCCAGAUGGAUUUCUGGGGUGGGAUGGAGUCUGGAUUCAUGAGGAACAGCAUCACCCCCACAGAGAGAAAAACUGUCUGGGAUGCAGUGGCUGGCUACAUCCAACAGCAGCUGACGCUGCACAAGGGGAUCCGAAUUCCCACCCUUGGGUCCUUUGAUGUGGCCCACACAGAGACUCUCGUGGGGAACAAGACUGUGAGCCUGCAGAGGCCGGUGUUCCACCUGGCCAGGAACCUUGGAGAAGUCCAGAACCUGGAAAAUAAGGAUGAUCUGGCUGGGGAUAAGCAGCUGGAGCCUCUGAAAUAUGCCAAGGUGGCCAUGGAGGCCUCUGUGUCCCGGAGGAAAGUGGAGUCCUGCAUCCUUGGCACAACGUCCCUGCUGCACCACUGCCUGGAGAAGGGCAUGAGCGUUGCCUUUGUCCUGAAGGACGUGGGUGUGCUCCUCAUCAAAGGCAGCACGGUGCAAAUGAGAUUCUACCUGGACUUCCUGAAGAAAGUGAUUGGGGAGACGAUCCAGGACAGGGCUACAGUCAAGGCUCUCCAGCAGCUGGACAUGGUGGUGUCCCGGGACGUGCCCAUCACCUCCCUGAGCUUCUCUGGCCGUGUCAUCGUCUUCCCCAACUUUGAACAGAAGCUUCUGACCACAUUACUGUCCAGGAAUCAUCUCAGGGACUUUGGCUUUGUUCCUGGGGAGGACAAGAGGGACUUAACAGGUUUGCCAUCCAUCAGGCGAGGCAUGGAAGGGACACAUCCUGGCCUGCCCGUGCCUGCUCACCAGGGUUCCACUGCCAAGACAGGAGAGCAGCCCAGGGAUGAGGAGGUGAUGGAGAUGAGGCAGAGCUCUGGGGUCAGGAAGCUGCCAGUGAUGCCAGGGGCUGCUGCUGGAAAAAAGCAGCCAGUGACCAGUGACCAAGCCAAGGGCAAACUUGUGCCCAAGGGCCAAGAGCUGAAGCAAAGCGACAAAGAGACAGCAGCAACGGAGAGGGGCAGAGGAGGAAGAGAAGAAAGAAAAGAUUCUCUCUCUCGAGAUGGAGAAAAGAAAGCCGCCCUGUCCUCGUCACUGCCCGUGCUGAAGAAGAGAGAAGUGGUCUCCAGGGGCCCCUGGCCCUGGGUGGAGUGA